GAGCGUCUGUCCUUGCUCUCCCCAAAUCCAGGAGGCACAAGGAUUUGACCCCCCCGCCCUUCUUUGCCUGAUCGGGCCCAGCAGGCAGGGACGAUUUACAGUUGCCCGGCUUGGCCAGAGGCGGGACCCUCGCUGGAGUCAUGGCAGCAGAAGGCCCCCGAGCUGGCCAGCCCAGCCCAAGCCCAAAGGCCACCGAGCUCUGCCAACUGGCUCCGCACUGGAACCGGAGGGCCAUCCUUCUCACACUGGGCGCCUCCCACAUUGCCGUCGGGGUGCUGCACGCGGUCCUCGGGGGCUACCUGGCCUUUUCAGGCAAGAACCUCCACCUGGUGACGCUGAAGUCCUGGUACCCAUUCUGGGGACCUGCCUCCUUCCUCCUUUCAGGGAUCUUGGCGUUAGCAGUGGCGGAGGUUUCGAAAACCUCUCUGAAGGCGCUGUGCCUGAUCGCCAACCUCCUCAGCUUCCUCUGCGGGCUGGCCGGCCUCUGGGUCCUGGCCAAGGACCUCUUCCUGGAGAAACCAAAUCCGGGUGGGCCCCCGAUCUGGAGACCAUACCCCAACAGCACAGUGCGCAUCCAGAGGCUGCAGCAGGUCCUGUUCAGCCUCACCUGGCUGGAGCUCUUACUGCCCGGGGUCACGGCCGUCUUCUCCGCCGUGGGCAGCGAGUCUGCGGAGCAAGCGGGCCGGCCGGAGGGGCUCCGUGAGGGCCGCUCGCCCGCGGUGUGUGGUGACAGUGGCUUCCUGGUGCAGAGCGAUGACUUGCCCCCGGUGCCCGCCGUGGAGUUGGUGAUCCAGGAGCCGCCCCCAUCCUACGAGGAGGUGACAGGAGGAGGCACACGGGAGGGGCGGAGCAGCCGUGAAGAGGCUGGACCCCGCAGCAGCAGCAGCAGCAGAGUCACCGGGUCCUCCCCCAGGGCACCCCCCGGGGCCAACGUGCUGUUUGGAGAACUGGGUGGCCUGUCCUGAUGGCCGAGGUGGUUGGUGGUCCCAUCCCCUCGGGCACAGAAGGGCCUCCAGGCCCCACCCCUCCCACACCCCAGCAUCUGGUUGGUCAGGGCACAGCUAGGCCCUUCCCAGCCGCCCUGCCAGCUCAGGAGCAGCCCCCGGGGCCCAGCCGCCCUGACGCCUUCCCCAUCGCCGGGCUGGCCCACGUGGGCUGCGAGGAGCCAGGAAGGGUGCCUGGCUUUGCUAGACUCAACCUGUGCGAGUGUGGGCCCUCGGUUCCUGGGUGCUGUGGGGGGGGGGGGCGUAGCGGCGCCCGGUCAGGCAGGGAUGCUGUGACGUCCUGGCCAGUGGGUCGCUGGGAGACAGCACCCUCCCCCCCAUUCCACAGCAGCUGGUGCUGAGCAGCAGGCAGGGGGACGCCUUCCUUCCGUCUCCCCCUCCCUCCGCCUUGUUCUGGGCUCAAACACUGCACAGCUCCUCCACUGCCUGGAGGCAGGGUGACCUGGUCAGAGGGAGGUGGAGUGGGUCACUGAACAAUGGGUCGGUCGGAGUUUGGAGGGAGGUAGAGGUUCACGCUCCUGCCAAGCGUGCCCUGGCGUCGCACCUGUGCCCCGACUUCCUUGGAAACGGCUGAAAUAGCGUUUGUAGCCUCUGGGUUGUCCUGGUAACUGUCCUGACCCCCUCUUGUGGAUUCUGAGUGUAAAUCUGCUGUGACACCUGAGGUCGGCACUGCAGCCGGCCUUGACCGUGGUCACUGGUCAGCUUAUUAAAGGCUCAUGAAUUUUCAUCUCUGUCUGGUGGUUGUCUCUUGCGGGUCUCCCCAUAACAGCCACGCCUGUUUGUGGGCCCGUAACAUGCCCUUGGCGUGUCCUUGCAUCGAGUUGUUCUCCUGUGAUAUCACGUGAGGGGCACUUUGUAUCGGCCACAAGCAGAGUCCAUGUCUCCCCACAGGAAGCUGACCACGGACAGUGUGAACGGGAGGCUGACCACAGACAGUGUGAACGGG